UUUUUUUUUGGUAAGAAGCUUUCUUGAUCAGAUCAGGAAAUUCCAGAAAAGGUCCCUCCCUGCAUUUGGGGAAGAGAAACAAGACAAAGCUAGAUGAUCUUGAUUCUUAGACUUAUUUCUGAGAAUCUUCAAUUUUCAAAAGCACUCCGCAUUUUCAAGCUCGGUAUUUGGGGGGGAUAAUUCUCCACCCUAAACACUGGAAAUGAAAAUAAGUAGAAGAGAACUUAGCAGUAUAGCUGAACGAUCUUUAAAUUUUGAAUCCAUCUUGUUCUAUUGCUAAGAAUUUGGAAUAUGGAGUAUAUCUCCAUGGUAUAUUAAGGAGAAAAAUGCCACAAAAUAGCAUAGUUCCAUAGAAAUGGUGUUAAAACAUGUAUAUAUGUAGAGAUAAAAUGUUACUUUCUGCUUUAUGUAUCUUCUAUAAUGUUAACAUUUUGUUGUCGAACGAGGAUGAGGCAGGAAUCAUGUUAAAUGGAAAAAGAAAAAUAACCUAGGUCCUGAGGAUUAAAAAGGACUGAAAAGAGAACAAAAGAAGUAGAGCGCAGCAGGCCUGUUUCCCUUUUAGGUCCCCUCCCCCAACGCAGAGGGACUUCCCGCCAAAGCUUUUCCGGUUUUCAGUCUGGUCCGCAGAGGUUACCGCUAAAAGAAAGCUGCCAGCACAGGCAGAUCUUUAUUCUCUGACCACUUGAUAAUGUCAGGACGCGGCAAAGGCGGGAAGGGUCUGGGGAAAGGCGGCGCCAAGCGCCACCGCAAGGUGCUGCGCGACAACAUCCAGGGCAUCACCAAGCCCGCCAUCCGGCGCCUGGCUCGCCGCGGCAGCGUGAAGCGCAUCUCCGGCCUCAUCUACGAGGAGACCCGCGGGGUGCUCAAGGGGUUCCUGGAGAACGUGAUCUGGGACGCCGUCACCUACACGGAGCACGCCAAGCGCAAGACGGUCACCGCCAUGGACGUGGUCUAAGCGCUCAAGCGCCAGGGCCGCACCCUCUACAGCUUCGGCGGCUAAAUGACAUUUUAAAGCCCUGUCAUUCACUAAAAAGGCCCUUUUUAGGGCCCCCAAGCUUUCAACAAGAGUUGAAAUGACUGCAAAAUGAGUUUCUGAAUAGAGCCAUUGUCACUGAGUUCUCCCAUCCUGCUUUACAGGGGAUGUUGAAAACGGACAGGCGACCCUGGGCCAAUAUUUUCCAAGGCCAGAAGAGCCUCUCCUGGCCAGUAACUUCUGGCGGCCGCUUGGAAGUUGCCUGCAGCCCGUUUACUGCUCGGAUUCAUUUAGAAAGUCAAGGAGUUUGGAGUCUAAAUUAAGGCCAGGCUACACACUUAACAUUCCUCUGGACCUUAAAAUGUCUCGGGAAGAGAUGAGAGUUUUGAGGGGCUCCACUAAAGGCUGGAGCCUCUAGAAAAACUUCGUGGUGGCUGGUUUAAGAGGACUUGGGUGGCACAGAGCUCUGCGCACUGGGGACAGAUCACACCUUAUUUACUACUGUAGAACACAGCAGUUUCACUCUCAGUAAUAGUUCCCUCCUUUUAUAUGCUUGUCUUCUGGUACUAUUUUUAAGUACUGGAAAUUUAUCAGGCACACACAACGUGCCAGUGACCACGCUACUUAUUCAACAAGUACAGUUAAAGUCCCUCCUUAUGUCCCUUCUCAGCAGGACAGCCUUCCUCUUCCACCAUUCUAGAAUUAAUAUUCGGAAUUUGGCAUUUUGUUCCCAUACAUUUUAUUUUUAACUUUAGAUGUGCAUACACCUAAUCUAUUUUAAAUGUCUCCAUGAAUUUUUUUUACAUUUGCUUUUGAAAUAUCCAUGUUGAAAUGUGCAGUUUUAGUUUAUUUUCACCAUUAAUCUAGUUUUCCAAUGUGUCAGUAAAUACUUUAUUCAUUUGGUUUUUUUUUUUUUUUUCUUUUCCUGAUUACAAAACAGUACAACAGCACUGUACACAGCUGUGCAUUUUCUGGAAUUCCAAUUUCAUGAAGUGGGAUUGUUUGGUAAGAGUAUGUGCAUAUUCAACAUCAACAAAAUUAAACAAUUUGCUUUCCAGGGUAGUAUUUUAAAUUUACACUCUCAUAUUCCACCAAUGGGGCUUGAGAGUUCUUGUUCAUCAGCAUUUGCUAAUGUCAGGUUUUUUGUUUUGUUUUUUUUUUAAAUGAGAUUGUUGGCUAUUUGGAGAUUUUCCCACUUUUCUGGGAACGGUCUAUUCAGAUUCUCUCCACUAAGUACUGUUUAUAUAUUUGAAGUUUAACCUUUUGUCAGUAAGUGACAAAUUUGUUUUGUCACCUUGUGGGUUCAUUUUCAAGUGUUUGCAAUACCUUUUGAUGUACAACAUUUUAAUAAUGUUGAGUUUAUAUUUUUUAUAGUUUUUGAGUGCUGCCUUUUCAUAUAGGAAUUAUCUGCCUUCCACUCUCCCCAGGAGCUGCAGGCAUCAAUCUGAAAAAAAAUAUUUAGUGUGGUGUUCGCGCCAAGGGCUCCAGACAGCUAGUUGACUCGCCCCAGUUUGGCUGCUGGACCUGUCUGCAUUUCCCCACCUCGAGGGCUGUCGAGUGAGACAAAGGGCCGCGAGCUGAGUCACUAAAAGCAACAACAGAAUGCAAAGCAAAGGCCUGCAGUUUAUGAGGACAUUGUGCUGUCCACUUCCAUGUCCACUUCAGUCUCUGUGUAAGCAAUAAACUUGCUGCAAUUGAGAUGCCUGAGAGGAGCAGAGACCUCCGCCCAUAUUUUCCCUGGAGCCAAGCCUUUGUUUUAGCUCCUGGUGAAAAACAGGUUUAACCAGCCACCUUAAGGGCGCCAUUGUAUCUUUGAAAUGUAAAAUCUUUGAAAUGUAAACUACUAUCACAAGCCCCUGAUAACUAUUUUUUAUGGAGUUUCUAUUUCCUUUCUGUCUACCCCUUCUUUUUUCUUUCUACUGGGAUAAAGUAAAUGUAAACAAGAACAAAGGUAUAAAAGCUGUAACCCACAAGAAUAAAUUUGCUGCGUUUUGACCAUAAUCUUCACACAGCCCUCCAGACUAUGCUUUUCUAUAUUCUUUCUCUUCCGCGCACUCUCUGUCUCAGGUUGAACGAGACAUCU